AUGUUGAAAUCAAGACUCUCGGCAAAAAUGAAAAGUGAAUAUCAAGAUGCCAAACAACUUCCAAAUUCUAUUUUAUCACAACAAGCGAAUGCGAAUCCAUCAAAGCCAUCGCAAAAUGCAGAAGAUACACGGAUAUUGGUCGGACAAAAGCGAAAAGCGCCUUCGAGUAUCCCAUCUUCUUUGACCGAAAGCUAUAUUGACGACCUUCAAGGAACAGGAUACCAAACACACAAUACUACAUCCGCAUUUGAUCAGCAAAUAAGUGAGCAAAACGGUGUUAUUGCAUUAAGAAGGCCGGAUGAAGAGAAUAAAACAAAUACAACCAGUCAAAGUUUAUUAUCUUCUGCUUUGGUAAAAAAGAAGGAUGCAGCAAAUAGGAUUGCCAAGCCGACCUUCCAUCCUCAAUGGAAACUUUCAAGGGUUAUAAGUGGUCACUUGGGCUGGGUACGUUGCAUUGCUGUUGAGCCGAAUAAUAAAUGGUUUGCGACAGGAGCGGGCGAUAGGAUGAUCAAAAUAUGGGAUUUGGCAUCGGGCGAAUUGAAAUUGAGUUUGACAGGUCAUAUCUCUACCGUUCGUGGCUUGGCAGUAUCUUCUCGUCAUCCAUACAUGUUUUCAUGCGGUGAAGAUAAGAUGGUCAAAUGCUGGGAUCUGGAAACGAACAAGGUCAUUCGUCAAUAUCACGGUCAUUUGUCGGGUGUAUAUUGUUUAGCCUUACAUCCUACUUUGGAUGUUUUGAUCACUGCUGGAAGAGAUGCUGUGGCACGUGUGUGGGACAUGCGAACGAAAGCACAAAUUCACGUUCUUUCCGGUCAUAAAGGUACGAUUGCUAGUAUAAUCUGUCAAGAAAGUGAUCCACAAGUGAUAACUGGAAGUAUGGACGCUACCGUUCGACUAUGGGAUUUGGCAGCAGGAAAAUCGAUAUCUACUUUAACACAUCACAAGAAGUCCGUUCGUGCUUUAACCUCACAUCCACAGCAAUUUUCUUUUGCUUCUGGUUCAUCAGGCGGACGAAAUAUUAAAACAUGGAGAUGCCCUGAAGGCACUUUAAUGAACAACAUGACACAUGAAAGUAUCGUAAACACCCUCAGCGUGAAUCCGGAUGGCGUUUUGUUUUCUGGAGGCGAUGAUGGAUCGAUGAAGUUUUUCGAUUAUGAUUCUGGCGUGCCGUUCCAAUCCUCGUUGGAUAUACCUCAACCAGGCUCUUUAGACUCCGAAGCAGGAAUCUUUUGUUCUUCUUUUGAUCAAACGGGUACACGUCUGUUGACCGGAGGUGCAGAUAAGACGAUAAAGAUGUACAAAGAAACGGCGUAA